AUGGUCAUCCUGCAAAGCGCUCGAAGACCAGCGGGCACAGAAGGUCUCGAAUGCAAGCUCAGCCAGCCUGCACCGAGUGUGGCUCGCGAGCAGAAUCGUACUGGAUCUUCUGCGCAACAAAGGCAUGCAGCCACCUUCAACGACGCAGAUACCGCCGUCGUCGACAUCUCACAGCCCGAGACUGAAGACAUAGCGGAUCGACUGUCGCCCACCCAGCAGGAUCCCACGUCAAUGUCAGCCUUGUCGUUUAGGCUGCCUCAACCAAUCGCUCAGCAAGCCCUGCCCGAGCUCUCGAUGGACCAACUUGAGCUGUUUGACGACACAGGCAUGGGCACGUUCUUGUUCGAUAUCAUGAAUCCAAUCAGUGGAGAGGCAACAAGCAAUUUCAUUCAUUCGGGCCCUAUACCCGACGUGCUCGAUUUUGCAUUUGACGAUUUCCUCACAUUUCCAUCGGCACCCGUGCAAAUGACGCAGACUACGUUUCCAACUCAACUCUCUACGUUGCGCCCCAUGAGUUCGAGUGGUGCGGUAACUCCGACCGCGCGAGCGGUUGGUCUCGGACAACAAGCAUUCAAAGAUUCUGCGUGGUCAUGGACUCCCAAACAGGGUGACCACCGCCAUGCAGAGCAAUUGAAUCUAGCAGUCAGAGAUGAGACCUUGAUUGAAGCCGGUAUCAGUCCGUCAGCGUCGUUGGCUACUCCCAGAUUCUCUCAGGCUAGUCGCGAUCGACUGCUGUCAAUGAUUUCGAGAAGCUGCGAGGCAUCGAUACAGCGGCACGUCAUCUCUUCCUUCCCUUCAGCUGCUUCGCUUUCGUCAAUAUUGGACACGUUCUCGGAUGCAACCCCUUAUGAAAUUGCUCGAUGGGUUCAAAUGCCAACCCUCCAAGUCGAUGAGGAACGCGAAGAGUUCAUCGGUGCUCUGUUGGCGACCGCUGCGACGUCGUCGGACCAGCACAGCUUCGUCGACUCGGCUUUGCGAUUCAAGAAGCCACUCGGCCUGGUCAUUCAGUCGUCGGCGCUGCUCAUUCAUAUCGGACUCUGGAGUGGCAAUCGACGGAAGAUGGAAAUUGCCGAGAGUUUCACCUAUCCACUCAUCACAAUGCUACGCCGCUCGGGACACUUCAGACGAGACGUGCGCAACGAAGUUCUCCCAGAUCUCAGCACGCUCUCCCAGGAAGUCUGGCUACAAUGGCUCCAUGCCGAAUCAUUCAGACGGCUGGCCUACCAUAUGUUCCUCCAGGACACGGCGGUAUCCAUGGCUUUCGUGACGCCACCUCUCAUGUCUUGUACCGAAUUGCAUCUCCCUCUUCCAUGCUCUGAUGGCCUAUGGCAAUCAGCCUCUCUUCAAGGUUUCGAACGAGAGCUUGCUGCUGGAGCGCACCCAGCAGACCAAAGUCGCCUCACCCUGCGUGAUUGUUUGAACAACCUUGAACUACUUUCGCACCACGCAGCGAGUGUGGAUCGACAGAUGUCGCUGGACAUCGUUGUGUCAUGCUUUUGGAGCCGCGUGUGGCAGUUCCGUCAAAUGACGAGCACCCCCGAUUCGAGCGAUGAUCUCAGGCCCGGCCACGCCGCCAGUGCACUACAUCAAGAGCUCACACAGACUUACCGACAUUUGCAGAUGCAACCCGUCGACUUCGAUGAUGCAGCUUCCUGCUGGAAAAUCAAACUCGAGCUCUGCAUGAUCCACCUGCACGUCUCGCUCGAGGACAUUCAGCUCUUCGCAGGCAAGGAAGGCGAGAUCGAAGCACGGCGGAUGGUGCCGAUAUUGCGGCGUUGGUUCACCUCUUCUGCUUCACGUCAGGCACUACGCCACGCUGGCCAAGUGCUCCGAGCGGCGUCACAGCAUCGCAAGGGGCCGCUGCCUGGUCUGUCUGCCGUCGCAGUCUACCACGCUAGCCUUGCAAUGUGGGCAUUCGGCAUCUGGUCCGCGCGCGAGGUGGCGGGCGAUGGCAGAGGCGCUGUGUACGGACAACAAGAGCAGUGCUUGAUGAUCGAUGCCGACGAUUCUGAGCCCCAAUGGGAGUCUUUCCUGCUGCUGCGUAAGGGUCGACCAUGCAUCCAGAACUAUACUCGACUGUUCGCUCAACAUGACAACGGCGUCACUGCGGUUCCUGUUCCUGUUCCGCCUGUACCUCUAGAAGAGCCGUUGGAGGUCAUGAAAUCGAUCAUCAGUCUGCUCGCGGCAAAGUGCGGCGAGACCCACACGACGCCGCCUAUGGCGGAAUCCUUGGCCAAACUCAUGCUCUCGCUGGGUAAAGCAGCAACUGUUACAAGAAGGUCGUAUAUCUGA